CAACGUUUCCGAACAAUCUGGCAAUUCUUUACAAAUAAAACAUUUCCUGCGGUUGUACUGCGUGGGUUGAUAUAUUUGUGGGGGAUUCGCCAUUCAUUGAGGGUUGCGACGUUAGUCAUACCAGCUCCAUGGUCAUACACGGUGAUACUGGAUAAAGGCAUUGAAGAGCGGUUGGGAUUGCAGAAACUCAAGAGAAAGCAUUUCAUUUUUUAGAUCUACGUAUGUAAGAGUCAUCCACAAUGUCGAGCUAUACGGGAAUCGUCCUGGAGAAAGCGUCUCCGCCAACGACCGUGCGGGUGUGUUCUCGCAAGAUGACCAUUAAGUUCAACUCUUUGGAGUCCAUCUGGUAUUGCGUGUUUGUCGUGGUGGUCACGCUGUUUCUGUGCCUGGAUGCAACCAGACAUUAUAAACAUUACGAUAACCUGGACUGGCCACAAGGACGACCCAACGCUGAGUUGAAUCUCUACAUUCUUCUCAUGGUAUCAGCUUUCCUGCUCAUCAUACUGUUCAUUCCAACGCAGAUCUUUAAGGUCGGUAAUCGUGCCAAUGAUCAAGGAAAACUCGGACUCCUCAAACAGAACGAUGACUUACCACAGAGCGUGUCAACACAACGUCGAAUCGUCAAGUACCUCCAAGCUAUUCGUAGGGUGACCAAGCACUUGGGGCCCGUUGGAGCUACGCUUCACUUCAUAUCAGCGUUCUGUCUGUUGUUACCUUUGAUGUUCCUACAGGCUAGAGCUAUACAGUAUGGCUUACUUACCUCAGAUGCGAUAUGGCGAUCUGAAGUGCUAGUUGGCGUGACAUCAAUGCGACAAUACGAGCAACUGGCGCUUUCCAUGCACAACAGUUCAGGGUCUUACUUCCCUCAUAACACGGACCAAACCUCUAAGAUCAUCCCUACCAUUGACCCCUUCAAGGUGUACAUGGUGACACUCAACUACAUCAACUACAUCAUCCCGUUGUUCUUCUACGGUGUCCGCUACGCCGACGUCUUCUGGCUUUGCCACAAGGGCUUUGCGUUUAUCUUUGCAUGUCUACUGAUGCUUAAUGCUAUCCAAUAUGCUCUUGGGUUCAUCGGGUUCUCUUUGCUGUAUAAGCUUCACUGGUACGGCUGGCACACCUAUGGGUUGAAGAUGAACCCAGUCUUCUCAGCUCCGACAGGCUUAGUCGGUGUCUACCUUACUAAUAAUAUAACAGUGUUCAUGUCGGCUGUGAUUACCUACAUGUAUGGUUAUAGUCGAUUGAAGGAAGCUGAGUACAAGCAGAAAGCGGCAAAAACAGGCAUACAGAUCCGACCGACUAGCUUUCCUCUGAAGUGCAAUGGGUAUAUCUCUAACAUUGCGGCCGCCCUGGUUAUGUGCGUAUUUGUGUCUUGUAAGGUACCAUUGACCAUUGAAUAUCUUGGGGUGUACCAGAUCUCUAAAGACGCUCGACUUCUGGGUUGUAUGAUCUUUGACACCAUAUACAUGACCUUUUGGCUGGUCAUGUGGAUCGGUUUUACCAUGAAACGUGACUGGAACUUCACCAUUCACCCACCCAGCACACAGAAUGACUCUUCUGACCCGGGCUCUUACACCAGCCGGUUAGUCGCCAAUCAAGAUGUUGAGCUGCAGCAUAUCACAAUUGUCAAGAGAUCAGGCAGAACCUCGCCAAAGCAGUCCUCGCCAAGUGGUUCACCACCUCAACAGAGCGGGACGGCCUUAGAGGGAUGCCCGGUGAACAAGACAUCAAGCAUUUACACACCUCUUGUAAAUUCAGAUGCUAAGCAAACCUCUCCUGGCCCAUCUCAUACAACUAGCCACUCAGAGUCACCACAUUCUACCAGGCGAGGGCAGCAGACGGCUAAUGGUCACAAAGGUGUAUCCAGAUCGCCGCAUAGAACAAGUGAUCACAGUGUUGAAGAAGAGUCUCUGUUGGCGCAGACUUUGGCUGAUGAUUUACCAGGGGAGGAGUGCCGAGUCCACGAUUCACAUUCUCCUGGCAAUUCCCCUGGAAGCCCAAGAGCAAACAGUGUUUGCUGAAUCGCUUGCAUCAAACAGACAGACCUUUUCGCAAAUACCGGGGCGCGCGCGUAAAGCUUGGAAUUAGGUGCAUUGUGGUCUAGCUGGUAUC